AUGAAGGUUGUAGAGGAUCAAGUUGUUGAAGAUGACACUUGUUUACAGGAUGAUGAGGAAUCUUUCUUCCAAGACAUUGACCUCCUACAGAAACAUGGAAUUAAUGUGGCAGACAUCAAAAAGCUGAAGUCAGUGGGUAUCUGCACCGUGAAGGGGAUCCAGAUGACCACACGCAAAGCUCUGUGCAACAUCAAGGGCCUGUCGGAAGCAAAGGUGGAAAAGAUUAAGGAAGCAGCUGGGAAAAUGCUGAGUGUCGGUUUCCAGACGGCCUUUGAGUACAGUGCGAAGAGGAAGCACGUGUUCCACAUCACAACUGGGAGCCAGGAGUUUAACAAACUGUUGGGUGGAGGUAUAGAGAGUAUGGCUAUCACGGAGGCCUUUGGAGAGUUCCGCACAGGGAAAACCCAGCUGUCUCACACACUUUGUGUCACUGCUCAGCUGCCAGGUGAGGACGGAUACUCCGGUGGAAAAGUCAUCUUCAUUGACACAGAGCACACCUUCCGGCCUGACCGACUGAGAGACAUCGCUGACAGGUUUAAUGUGGAUCACGAUGCUGUGCUGGACAAUGUGCUUUACGCCCGAGCCUAUACUAGUGAACACCAGAUGGAGCUGUUGGACUUUGUAGCAGCCAAAUUUCAUGAAGAAGGAGGAGUGUUCAAACUGUUGAUCAUCGACUCCAUCAUGGCUCUGUUCAGAGUAGACUUCUCUGGUCGAGGGGAGCUGGCUGAGCGGCAACAGAAACUGGCACAGAUGCUUUCGAGGCUGCAGAAAAUCUCUGAAGAGUACAAUGUAGCCGUGUUCAUCACCAACCAGAUGACAGCUGACCCUGGAGCAGGAAUGACGUUUCAGGCUGAUCCCAAGAAGCCAAUAGGCGGACACAUCCUGGCCCACGCCUCCACCACACGGAUCAGCCUGAGGAAGGGGCGUGGAGAAAUGAGAAUUGCUAAGAUAUUUGACAGUCCUGAUAUGCCUGAGAACGAAGCCACCUUUGCCAUCUCUGGUGGAGGAGUUACUGACGCCAAAGAGUGAAGGACAAAAGGAAGAGAUGAGACUAACAUGUUCACAUUGUUUUCUGCUCAGCUGUGGAGUUAUUUAUUGUAUUUUUAAUUAACUUAUUGAUAGAGUUUCUUAAUUUUAUAUAUCUUGUUACAGUUACACUGGCAGUUAUGCACUAUGGUAUGUUUUCAAAGAUGUAUUUUGCUGUAUUUAAUAUGCUCCGUUGUGUUGUUCACUGUGUUUCAGUGGUGUUAAAAUAAACAAAAGCCUAUUUGUUAUAAUUUUA